AUGCCCAAUUUCGCAUCAUGUUUUCCCUCUUCCUCAGAUCGAGCUGAUUACCCCAUUCAAGAUCCUCUGAUACCUUCAACAACAGGUGAUAGUAAGGUAGUGAAGGGUUGCAUCUUUUGUGACGCAUCGAAAGAAAAUGGUUUCAACAUAGUCUACGAGGAUAAUCAACUGAUAGCAUUUUACGACCGUACACCGCGAGCUAAAACACAUUUAUUGAUCAUACCGAGAGAACAUGUGGUGUCUUCAGUCAAACAGCUAACCGAAGAACAUCUACCAUUAUUGGGUUCAAUGAGAUCCCUUGCAACUUCCCUCGUUCCAGAUCGACCACCACCUAAAAUGGGAUUCCACAUACCACCUUUUUCAUCCGUACCUCAUUUACAUCUUCAUGUGUUCUCAGGUCCACACACCAUAAUUGGAAGGUUGAAGUAUCCGAUUGCUCAUAGGGGUAGAGAUAGAGGGAAAGGAUGGAGUUGGUUCGUCACGAUUGAUCAGGUUGAGAAGAUUCUGCAAGAUGGUGGGAAAGUAGGUCUAGGGAGGGGCUGA